GAACUCAGUAAAAAAUCGUAGAUAGUACACUUUUAUUAUCUAUGAACAAACAAAUUAGUGGUACGAAAUUACAAAAUUAUAAAAUAUAGUGGUCUGUGUCUAGUUAAGCUGCCGAUCGUAUGUUCCGUAGCCUGAUGCUCGGUAGCCGUGUUGUUUAUUUGUAUUUUAUCUAUUAAGUAUAAACCUUGUGCUUGAGAUAAAAUAUAAAUAACCACUUGUUUUGAUUUUACCGCUCACAUUGCUCAUAGUAAAUAAUAUUAGUGUAAGUGUGUAACAUAUUUUUAUGUAUUUUCUUUUGUACACCUUAUUAAUUAAUACUUUUAAAUGAUUCGGUAAACCUAUGAAUAACUCGGCAGUUCCCGAUAUUGUCGCUGAAUGGGACACGGACUCGGACUCCGAGACUAAAUUGUGCGAUUCGCAGAAUACGGAUUCCACUGUUAUUGGUACGGCUGUUGACUUUCAACGCAUAGAUCAAAGUAUGAGCGGUAGGGCCGAAGACAAACGUCAUGAAAAAAACGACAUAGAUACUAGUAACAGUGCCAUUGAGCCUGAUGAGGACGUUGUCAAUGGAACGCCUGACAGAUGCCAUGUCUCCAAUCCUGUAAAUCGUUCUUUAAGAAACGGUAAUAUAGUUAUCUCAUACACCAAUGUUGAAGAUUGUGAACUUGAAAUUCUGCAGGAGUUGGUAGAUUUGUUUGAAUUAGAUGCACGCGUAUCGUGGAGUGAUAGCGUUACACAUUUAAUUGUGAAAACUCUUCCAACUGGUAGAUGUAUUCGUACAAAAAAGUUUAUGAAUGCUUUAUUACUUAACUGCUUUAUCAUUACUUUGGAAUGGGCCAAAAACUGUUUAGCUUCAAAGACAUUACUGCCAGAGGUUGAUUAUAUACCACUUGAGUUUAGUGGUGAACCAUCCCCAUUGGUGUCUUGGCGUGUGGGACGUGGAAUUAUUGAUUCACCGAUGGAAUGGACUAGAAAUUGCAUUUUAUAUCUUCAUAGCUCUAUUGAAUUCAAUGAUUCACAUAAUGACAUUAUUGUAUGGGCUCGAAGAGCUGGUUUCGUGUUAACCAAUGAUUUGGGAGAGUUUAAAGAUCACUACAAAAUGAGAGUUAUAUUGGCUGAUAAAAUCUUUACAUCUAAUGAUGUUCGAGCUAAAUUACCCAAUAAAGCAGAAAUUACGAAUUGGAUAUGUCACUAUAAAGCUGUAACAUUAUUCUUAGAUUGGUUUCUCGAAUGUCUUUUUCAAUACAGAUUUGUUGUAGUUAGUCAAUAUCACCAGAUUAUGAAACUAAAUCCAACCCUGGUGGACUUUACCAACAUGGAUGAAUCUAUAUUUCAAUAUGAAACUUGAAAAAAUGAUUUUUCCAUUACUAAAUUAAAUAUUUGAAACAAAAAAGGUUAUUUUUAAAAUUAAUAGGUUUUAUGUACCCAUAAAUAAAUGUUUUUGUUUUUAUUUAUACUUAAGUACAAGUUUAUAUUUUUUUAAUUUUGUGUUAAUUUUUGGUUCAUGCCAUAUGACUAUUUUUUUUUUUGUAUUAAUAUUAACGGAGUAGAGUACAAAUGGUAGUGACAUUAUUUAUUGACUAGUUUUUCCUGUUAAGAAUUAGAAUGUUGAAUAUUAUGAUUAAAAUGGAUUUGAGUUAUUGAUAUUAAUAAUAAUAUAUUAUAAUUGUUCAUUAAUUACAAAUAGUUUUUGAUUGAUUGUUUUUAGUAGAAUCUAUAUUAAUAUUUAAGUUAUAUAUUUGAUUUUCUAAUUAGACACAAUACAGAUUUAUGUUAUAUAUGUUUUUCCUGAACUUAAGGUUUUUUGUUCAUUGUAUUUUUGUCUUAUUUCUAUUAAAAUUCAAAUAAAAACAUUAAUCAUACCAUUA